UGUGUGACAUGCGCACACACAGCCAGCAGCAGCAGAGACCCACCGUCAGGACACCGACUCACCGAGAGCAUAGAGACCGACAGACGCCUCUCAUCGGCGGGGAUGUGACAGAGAGAGGCUCGGAGGAGACGGAGGGUUGACACCCAUGGUUGACACAGAGAAUGCCACAGCAAGCCAACACGCUGCCUGCGUUAGCUCACCAUUGUACUCAGCUUGCUGUAAAAUAUAAAGCGAGCAGCAGUGAGUCGUGAUUGUCUUCUUUUUUUUUUGCAAGGGGAUCAUCCUGCGUUAAACAUCCUCCAGCCAGCAUGCCUUCUGCUCAGAGCCUCCAGUCCAGCAGCAUGCCCCUCUCUGAAACCAGCAUAGGUACCUUUAAGAGGAGGAAGAGGAAAUCCAUAAUAGUGACGGUGUUGCUGCUCAUUGUGUCUGUGCUCAUCCUCAUCUUCGGCCUGGCAGCGACCACUAGGACGCAGAACAUCACAGUGGGCGGCUACUACCCAGGAGUCAUACUGGGCUUUGGCUCUUUUCUGGGAAUCAUCGGCGCUCAUUUGAUAGACAACAAGAGGCAGAUGUUAGUGGCGUCUAUUGUCUUCAUCAGUUUCGGGGUAGUGGCCGCCUUCUGCUGUGCUAUUGUUGACGGAGUGUUUGCUGCCAGGCACAUUGACCUCAGGCCGCUGUACGCCGGCCGCUGUGAGUUUCACUCCAGUGAGACUUCCUCUGAACGAGACGUACCCUGUCAGACCUCCUCGCGCUCCCCCUGUAACCUGCAUGUGAAGGGUAACACCUGUUACUGCUGCGACCUCUACAACUGCGGGAAAGAACAUCCUCUUAUGGGACUUCAGAAUAAAGAUGUAUUGAAAAAGUUUAGGAAAUCAUCCAUGAUUUGGAAGGCUAGCCGAGUGGAGCUCAUUGGAGGCUACCAUGAGUACACGGAUGUGAAGAGCUGCCAGGACGUGGUGCACCUCUAUCACCUGCUGUGGUCCGCUACGAUCCUCAACAUCGUGGCGCUCUUUCUGGGCAUCAUCACUGCUGCAGUGCUGGGAGGCUUCAAAGACAUGACUCCGGCUCCUGCCUCAGAGUCUACAUCUGAGCCUGAAGCCGUCACAGCUCCAGCCCCCCCUCAGCCUCCUCCCCCCAACACCUCCCUCGCCUCGUACUACAACACUGCCCCCUGCCUGCCGCCGUACACCGCCUACGACCUGCAGGGCUCCUACCUGUUCCCCGACUCCUCCACCCUGUCGGAUGACUCCCAGUCGGGGGCCAGCCACCUGUGGCCCACCAUGGUCCCUCCACGAUACUCUCCUCCUCACACCCACCCCGACGAGAAGCCUCCACCCUACAGCCCGUAACACACAUCCAGCAGAAAGAAGGCACCUGGAACAUUAGCGGGUGUUUUUCAGAUGCUGAUUGAGUGGCGUGAAUGCACAUUUCCUCUGGGCUUUUCCUCACAAUGAGUGUUGGAGGAAAGGUGGUGAGGAAGAGGAGGAAGGCCACAGAGAGGGAACUCACCUUGAGUUCAGCCCGACACCAGGAGUGUUUGUCGCCACUGCCUCCACUCACACAUCAAGAGAGAGACCACCAGUCCACAGCAAGGACUGUUUACACAUCUAUCUGCCUUAAUGCAAACGGGCUUCCAGCGCUGCAGCUCUGGGUCUCUGGACUUAUUCUGUACUAGGUCAAAGUUCACCUCUCUUCAGGACAUAUUGUAAAUGCUUCCUGCCUCAAGUGGCACCAAUGAUAACGUGAGGAGAUGACAGCUACAAGAUCAAACCCGAUACAUGAAUGCUUUUGAUGUCCCCCCAGAAUAUGAAUCAGCUAGAGAAUUCAAAACUGUAGUAGGCCGAGGCAGUUUCUUCUUUAGCGAUUAAUUAGGCAAUGUUAGCAGUAAUGAAGGAAUUACAAUGCUCAUAAUGAAUGUACAGCAGUAUAAUACUCAGAUGCUCUCCAGCAGGUUAGCUAUACAAACAGAUGAUCAGUUUGUUAAAAAAAAUACCUUGAACCAUGUGCUCGCAGAGCAACAAGAUGAAAGAAAUAAGCUAUUCUGCAGUAGGGCGGUCACAGUUACACUCCAAACUAUUUAUUCUAUUUUCACUAUAUGCUGCAAAGCAGGUAAGCGUAUAUUAUCUUGCGCUAUAUAAGUAGUUGUGAUAUCACAUCUGGGUUCAAAUGUGUAGUCUCUGUCAGGAAUAAACACGAGGCAGGCCGAGCGGGAACAGUCGGUGCUGGAUUCACUGACAUGAGGGGAGAUCAUGAAGGGUCAAAGGACUGGUGUUCUCUGAGGAAGAGUGAAGGACAGUAAACUUAGUCCAUGUCAAUGAGACAGGUCUCCGUCAGCUGUUAUCACUGCUUUGUAUAAUUUAAAAUACUCUCUCAGGGGCUGAUUGUCAGUUCCUUUUCGUCUUGCCAGUAAAAAUGUUUUAUGUCAUUCAAAUGGUGUAUUUGACUUUUUAGCUAAACUGUAUGCACGGUUGCUUCACCACUUUAGUCUUUACCAAACAUAUCAACUUCAAUAAGAUAAACCAUAGUGCAGUGAGUGCACCGAGGGUGAAUCCUGUUGACUUUAGUCAUCCCAACUUUCCUCUUGUGUAACCAUGAUGUUUGAUGGUUUGCCAUGACAACUUGAUGCAGCCAUUAAUGUCAUUUUCUAAUCUUAAAACUUUUGAUAAAUUGGUGAUAGUUCAGCUUUUCACAUAUCACCAUCAAGUUGAUUUUUUCUUUGCAAACCUUGUUUUAUGACCAAAUGCCUGACGCCUAUUGUAUGCGCUAACAGCCAUUGAUAGCAUGCUAAAUGAUGGAUGUUUGUUAAGGAAACUUAAAACCUGAAACUUCUCUAGAUAAUUGUAUUACAUUGUAAAAUUGAAAAGGGUGUAACUAGCAUUAGGUUUGAGAAGUUCAUACUUUUUCAACAGGGACUAGUCAAGGUUUGGGAAAGUCCAUCCAUGUCCUUAAGUCCAACACAUUGAAAAUCUAAAAAUGUUUUCAAUCUUUGAUAUAAUCCGGACAAUGGAAGAUUUUGAAACAUUUAAAAACACAGGGAGUUGACAUUAAUAAUAAAGAAGGAAUAUUUAAGAUUCUGCACUAUUUCUCCUUGAGCAUUUGCUCUUAACUCUUCCAACAUCUUCUGGAGCUUCAAUAGAUGUUUUUGUUUCAUGUGUGACACAUGAUAUAUUUUACUCUCAGCAUUAAGGCAAAGUGACAGUUUGUAUGAUUUUCAUUUCGUACAUCACAAUGACAACCGUAUAGCAGAUGUUUGUAUGCUUACGUAGUGCAAGACAAUUAAGUGAAAAUAGUAAAAUAAUUUAUUUAUCAUCAGGAAACCCCUUGUUGCUAAUUGACAUAAAAGGGACAUUUUGUACAAUGCCAACAUAACUGAUUAUUUAAUAUCUAUUUCAUUUUAUCUACAACUAUGAACCUAAAAGAUACGUCUGAGACAGUAUUUAAAAAUGAAAGAAAAAGACAUGAACACAAAUGCACUGUACAUCAAAUGCCAAUGUUAAUGUGUUAAUUAAAAGUCCUGCAUGAUUUUAUUGAAUGACAUGAAUAUAGAUUUCAUUGUUAGCACUACUCAUACCGAUUACUACAUUUGGACACAAUGGGAAAAAAAGUUAAAAAGUCCAAAUGUGAAAAAGAAAUCUGCCUGAUGCAACACUAAGUGCUUUAUGUCUGGAUUAAAUAAUAUCAACCACAUUUGUUUGCAAAAUCUGUCGCCUACGCGGUGUAGACGGCAGAUAUUAGCAUAAAAAAAACAAGGAAGGACAGGAAUUGCAAAUCAAAAUGUACAGGUGUAUCACAAUAAAACAGGUGUUCAAUGGAAA